UGACGUCAGGGCGGUCUGUGCUUUGACCCGCUGCAGCGAACGAAGAGGCGACGCGCCGGAAAGCUACAUGAUAGCAAGGAACGAGCUGUGAUCAAAACACAAUUUCAGGGCCUGCAUUUGCGUCCACCCUUUAGACUUAAGCGCAGGAAGACGAUAGGUGUCUGCAAAGUGAUUUUGAGGAACGGAAGACGUGCAAACACUUGUUUAUGCGAGCGAAGUAAGCAUUUUGGCCUUGACAACUAAGCUAACGCUAGGCCCAGGUAGCGCUAGCUGUGGAGCUUACUUUUCGCUAGCAAAAGCAAAACAAGGAAUGAGUGAUGACCUCUGUGGUAGUGUCAGACGGUGGAGGAAACAUAGUGGAGUAUGUCACCGUGGUGGAGGGGCCCCAACAGUGUGAGCAGCAGCCCACUGAGGAGGAGGAGGAAGAGGAAGAAGAGGAGGAAGUGGUUCAGCAGGAAAUCGAGGCGGUAAUCGUGGGUGGCGGAGAUGAGGUGGAGGAAGAUGUGGAAGAGGAGGAGGAGGGCGUGGUGCUGCAGGAAGAAGGCUGUCCGGCGGUGAUUGUGGAGGAGGUGCCCAGCGCCCAGGUGGAGGAGUGCUACUCGGCACAAGUCCUGGUCUACGACGACGAGACGUACCUGAUGCAGGACGUGGCGGAGGAGCAGGAGGUGGUUACAGAGGUGUCUGAGACUGUGGAGAUGUCGGGUCAUGACAUGGUGUGUUUCGACAAAACAUUUGAAGCAGCUGAAGCUCUCCUGCACAUGGAGUCUCCUGGAGGACUGCACAGUGAACGCAACACAGCAGAGGAUGUGAUGAUGGAGACGGUGGUGGAGGUGUCUACAGAGUGUGGACCCAUGGAGGAGGAUUCCUUCCCCAUCCCUCCUGAAUGUGAACCUGCUGCCAAGAAGAAGAGAGGAGGUGGACGCAAGCCCAAGACGAACCAGCCUGCGUCAAACGGCUCCUUUGACCUGGGGAUCAAAAAGAGACCGAGGGAGGGCAAAGGCAACACCACCUAUCUGUGGGAGUUCCUGCUGGAGCUGCUGCAGGAUAAAAACACCUGUCCCAAGUAUAUCAAGUGGAUGCAGAGGGAGAAGGGCAUCUUCAAACUGGUCGACUCCAAGGCCGUGUCCAAACUGUGGGGGAAGCACAAGAACAAGCCCGACAUGAACUACGAGACCAUGGGCCGAGCCCUGAGGUAUUACUAUCAGCGUGGCAUCCUGGCUAAAGUGGAGGGCCAGCGGCUGGCCUACCAGUUCAAAGACAUGCCCAAGAACAUCCGGGUGAUUGACGACGAGGAGGACGGCGAGGAGGUGGAGGACGGCGAGGGCGUGAUGGUCGGCAAGCAUCCGGCUCACCAGCAUGGCCCCGCCAGCCUGGGCACCAGCUCCCCCGCCACCCCCCAGCCUCAGCAGACCUACGUCACCGUCAUCCCCAGCAACGCUGCCACCAGGUCCAUCCGAGCCAUGCCAUUGGUCAUGACCAACUCACUAGGUCAGGUGACGCUAAACUCCUCCUCCAUCCUCACCACCACCACGGGAGUCCCAGUAACCGUAGGCAACGCCUCCGCCAGCGCUCCCCCCAAACUGGUCAUCCAGGCUCUGCCCACCAUGAUGCCUGCCGGCUCCAAAGCGGGAGAGAGGAUCACCAUCAUCACCAUCCCGGCCAACCAGCUGGCGGCGCUCAUGCAGGGCAACCCGUCGGCCCAGCUCACGCAGCUCUUCCAGGCCAAACCUGUGGCGACGCAGUUAGCGCAGGCUGCCGCUAAAGCCGCCGCCCCGGCCCCCGCCCCCACGGUCCAGCUCACAACGGGCCGGCCGACGCCGCACCUCAUCCUGGCCAAACCGGCGGCGGUGGCCCAGCCACUGCCGCAGCUCUCUGUCCAUGUCCGCCAGCCUCACCCUUCCCCACCCAAAACCCCCAGCACCCAGCCCAAAGCCGAACAAUCGGAGGCUCCACCCCCCACCAGCCCACCAGCAGCACCGGCAGAAACCGCCUCGUCCUGAGUGCUCUGCCCCGAGCCAGGUGGGGGGGGGUACAGGACGUGACUGUGGACACUGCUGAGGAAGUGCAGGACACAUCCCAUCCCCCCCACCCCUGUCGCAGAGCUGUUCUCUGAUUGGCUCAGCCUAACGCCGGCGCUUACUAUGGAGCUGCAGAAGCCCCACAAAGGAUUUAAGGGACUGUUGCGCACACACACACACACACACACACACACACACACACACACACACACACACACACACACACACACACACACACACCCCCUUCGGAGCUCAGGAGUCCUGGGCAGCCUUAGAUUGUAAAUGAAAAAAACUCCUUUUUGUAAUCAAAAGGUAAUAUAAAAAGCCUGACGAGACUUUGUUGUAAACAGAAAUGUAAAAAGCAUUUUUUGAUACUCAGCGGGUAUAUAUCAGUACACAUGUAGUUUGAUUUCAUGUCUUUGUUUCAGUCCAAUGGUUUGUCUCAGAGCUCUGUUACUCCACAGCACUGUUUUUUUUACUGUUCAUAAAAAGGGAGUGAAAGGAUGUCUGUGUCGAGAAUAAAGAACUAAAUAGUUUGCUCCACAUCUGAAGUAUAAUAUACUAUUUUUUUCUCGUAUCAGUGUAUUGAAGUAGAUUUUACUGAAAUAUGUAUUAUAAAAAAAUGACAAAUGUGA